GGAUGAACUCUGGAUGAACCCUUUUUUUUGUGUGUGUACGUCGUCUGUCAACCAACGCGGAGGUCAAAACAUUUUCGUUUGGUUGGAAGGAAAUUUCGGAACGUAAAAAGUUUGUAAAGUUCGGUUGUUUCCCUUGAAAAUCUGUACAAAAAUCGAUUUGUAUCAGUGUCAUAGUGAAGUGAAAACAGGUGACAAACUAUUCUGCAUGCAAAAUGAGUUAAACAACCAGAUAAAAACGUAACAAAGUGUCUGUCGCCGGCGUAGGAAUGGAUUCGUUUUUCGACUUCGAUACAAAUUUGCCUCCGAUGGCGGGAGCAGACAAUAAUGGCCGUGGAGGUGCCGCCGGUCGCCUUAUCGACUCCGAAGACGAAUACGACGCGCUUAAUGGGGAAACGUUUGGCCCGGACCCGGACAAGGGGGACUGGGAGAACAUGCAUGAAUCGCUGGUCCGGUUGGAGAAUGGUGGCAAUGGGAUAACGACGACGGAUAAUGCCAUCCUCGGAACGGGAGCGCUAGGGCUGUUUGACGAUGAUGAGAUUGAUUUACACUUUCCAAGAUUUGAACUAACUGAUGGCGACGAAAGUCUAUGCAGUAGUGGAGCAGAUUUAAGUCUAGACGACGAUCUCUGCACCCGACUUAGGUUGGAUCCCAGCAUUUGGGAUAGCCCGGUGAAACAACCGGCAGUUCAAACGUUUCCACAGAGUCUUGUUCAAAAUGAAAUGAUAAGGCCUCCAGGGUUUCAUUUACAUGCGCCUAAUGUUCCGAUUAAGAUGAUGUCGGUAGAAGACAUCGAGCGUAACAUUAUCGAACAACAACGGCAAGAGUGCCUGAAGAAAGAAAAGGAACAACAACGGAAACUACAACAGGAGAAUAGGAAAAACAAAGAAUCCAAACAACAUAAACAGCAGUCUCCUAGAAGUAUGGCAGUGACCCCAAUGAUUCAACCGUUGUUGCCGCCGGCACAGCUACUAACACCCCGGAGUCAAAUGUUUCCUCCGCCACCCCUGCUGAACCACCAAUCUCGAGUUCCCGUGGGCUUCUUACCAUACAGUUUCCUUCCAACUCACUAUCCAGCGCCAAUCAACAAUCUGGCGAUGCAUCCUAGUUUCCCUGCCGGAAUAGUUCGUCCCCAACUGGGAUUCAUUCCACGCGUUCCGGUGCCCAUCCAGCCGAAUAUAAUUCAAAACAUACAAACUAGUCAAUUCAAUCGAAAGUUGGUUGAAGAAAUUCAACAAAAUCACCCCUUGCUUUCUUUUCAUCGGCAGCAGAAUUUGCACAGCAACAGCAAUUAUAAGAAUCACAGCAAUCAACGGUUUCAUCCCAACAACAUUCCGAACGGGGUAAGCUUCGAUCAGCACGCCAACAUGAUGACCAACCGCGAAAAACAGUGGCUAAUCGGCAUCCAGCUGACUCAGCUUAAUUCGGACACACCCUACAUCAGCGACUACUACUUCACCGUGUACAAGGAACGGCUGCGAGCCAAAUCGAAAGCAUCCAACGCAAAUCAAGCGUACCAAGACAACCAGCGGAAUCAUCCCUUUACCACCCAGCCGAGGAAUCAUGCUCAGCUAUUGCUGAUGUCAUCGUUGGCAAGAGGUGGCAGUGCUGGUGGCUCUACCGCAAACCACCGGGACAGGAAGAACUCUGAAACGACGGCGAAGAACGGGAAUGAAGGGCAAAAGGAUCAGCAGCAGAAUCACAGGUCGUACACGCCGUUGCAGUUCGAAAACUCCCUCGGGAAACUACAAUGCGGCAGUGUGAAGGCCCCCCGAAAGAUGAUCGACAUGGAUGUCGUUGGAAACGAAUCUGUACCCAGCCGGCCACCCAGGGAGUUGUCCAUGCAGCGGAAGUCCCGUCACGUUUUGCUCCAUAUUGAAACACUGUACAAAGUUGUGUUGAAGAUGGAGGAUUUGAACAAUCCGGUGGCGAUCCGGGCUGCUGCAAUCGCCAAAGAGAAACGGGAGAGAGAACGACAGCAGAGUAACGACGGGUUUUCUGAGGAGAUUGAACCGGAACGCUUCGAUGAGUUGCUGGCAGAACUCAUGGCUGGCCUUACGCAUGAUAAAGUUACACCGAUGCUGAGUGUACGCAAGGGCAAAGUUCUUCUUCGGCGAAUUUGUGUUUUGCUGAGAGAUAAUCCGAGCCGCUGGGCCCUCUGGCGAUCAAUCUUUUCAGCAAUCCCACUCUUGCUGAAAAAGGAUCGGGACGACCGGGACGGAGUCUUGUUCGCUUUGUACACCGAGUUCGAGCGACACGUCCAGUACAGUGCAUUCCCGGACCUUUUGAAACUAGCGCAAGUGAUCGCAACGGAAAAGAUUCUGUCCUAUCUGACCGGUUGCAAGUUUUUGCUUUCCUCGAUCAUCACCAUCGUGUUCCAGAUGGAAGUAUUUAUCGCCAAGAAGUCCCCCAACAUGGCCACUGCCAGUGAAGUAGAUACCUGGGUUCAGUGUUUGAGUCUCGUAAUGGAGACGACCGGUAAGUUACUAUCUGGGAGCGGGGCAGUUAAGAUCAGCGCACAUCACACGAUCAAGAUUGAGCGGGAAAACAACAUCGUGCGAACCAUUCGUGCCCACCUCGAUCGCUUCUCGGAGCACGUGAAGGGAAACGAUUUUCUGGACUUCAUCACGGACGGGAUACGAUCUUCCGGCGAUAAUGGCAGUAAAGCGGUUGCCGUUACGGAUACAAUGUGAUCUCGUAGGAGUAUGCUGUGCGCUUGACCGUGCUGCCAUCAGAAUCGAACAGUGUUGAAUUUUCUUACCGGGUCAAGCACAUUUUACAUUUAUUUAUUCAUAUUUGACGCAAUACUUGUUUUUAAACGUUGCUUUCGUGAAGUUGAAUACGUGUAUAAGCAGCUUAAAUGUGUGUGCACGUCAUCAUCUGCAUUCAUUUAUAGCAUUCAUCCAUAGUGCAUAAGAUUAGUAAGCGUGACGAAGCUUCUGUUUUAAAUCACUUAUUUACGUUGAAACGUACAAAUUGACGAAGCGGACAAGUUAGUAAAAAUAAUGCUUCCUUAUCCUUGAUGUUUUUUUUCUUUGCGUGCUGAAACAGUUUGCUUUAUGCCAUUUUGAUGAUAAAGGUAUAAAACCGACGAAUAGCUUUUGAAUUAAAAAUAUCAAUUUCGGCGAUGUAGAAUGUGAGACCAGUUAGACAGGAGGGCCUAUUUUGGACACUUUCCGCUAAAACUCAGUCAAUUUUAUGGCCACUGACGUAAUUUUAACUUUUAUGUUCACGGUGAGGUACGCACAUCAUUCUUAAAUAGAUGUCAGUAAAACUAUUAAAUUGACUGAGUUGUAGCUAAAACAUGUCACCAUAGCCAAAUGAUCCCUCAUUUUACGAGAACAAGAAAUGAAUUGAGGAAUUGGAUGAAAAUUCCUCUAAAAAAGACAUUGGAGACCUACGAGAACUUCAGAUGUAACCGAGUCUUUGAAGCAUAAUGAGGGUUACAUUCUCUUCAUCUAGUAUUAAUGCGAUUUAUACGUUUCGCACUGUACAAAUAAAAGCACAUAUUUUUAAAAUUCAAUUAUUUAUCUACUUGUAAGAAACCUUCUUUAUUUGAGUUUUGACCAAAUUGGUCAACAUGAAAAACAUUACUUCAUAAAUUUUAAACGCAAUCGGAAAUAAUGUUUAUACCAAAGAUAUUUGCAAAAUUUAGAAAAUAAAUUAAGCUUUUGGCUAUAACGUUUUGAUUAUUCAUAAUUUUUCGUACAAAAUUCUAGUCUCGCUUGAAAAUAGCACAUAUGAACAAAAAACCAAACAAAUUUCAAAUAGGUUAGGUGUAUGUACCAAAUACUUGGCAAACAUUCGAUGAUACACCGAGAAAAUGUGAUUGAGCAAACUGUUAGAUAUUGUUAUAAACAAGAAAAUUGAACAUCAAUAAAUGUCUAAUCGGUGAAAAUCCAGUUGUUAGCUAUUAUUAGUCAGUUAGUCAUUAGUGCUACCACCAUAUUAGUCCGUAUAAUAGUGCUUUAAACACUAAAACAAUAAACAGUGUCGCGUCAUUGACAGUAGGAUGUAGGUUAUUUUGAACCAUUUAAAAUGUUGCAGUUAAAUAAGUCUAGUAUGCACCGGUGUGUGGUUACGAAAGCUUAAAGCAAUGCAACACCUCCGGUUAACUGAAGAUCCACAUUAUAUCUUUUGAGAACAAAAUGUUUAUGCUAAAAGAAGUGUUUCACCCCUUUCAAAA